UCACGUUCCAAUUGCCAAAAAGCUUAGCAGUUUAUUUUAUGAGUGUUACCAAGCUUAUAAAUUGUUCUAGGAGUUCAAAUCUGGAAAUUUAAAACAUAUGUUUUCAAUGCCAGUGUAACGAUGAGAAGUUGUUAUCACUGUUAUUAUUAACAAUUGUUGGGAAAUUCAAUACGUUAACUCAAUUGGAGGCUAGGGACAGUAGAACGUAGACUAGAAGUAGAAGUGCCAUAAUCAAUAUUACUAUUACUAGUUAUUACUGUUACUAUUUGUUAAUUCUUCAGACGUUGCUUGUAAGUUAUAGUAGGUGUAUUAUUUGCUGUUCUACGUAAAUUUGCAGAAUUAAUUUAUAGAUUAUCAAAAGACAUCAUUACAGCUUAUCUAAUCAGAGGAACUUUACUUUCCAUGGAGGAUGUUUUGAUGAAAGAACAAGCUGUUUUGGAAUCAUAUUUCCAUUCACUUGCUUGUUUCGCCUAUGACAAGGCAAAAGAAACUGUGGAACGUGAACGUGAUGUUGCACACAAAGCUCACCAGACCACCUGGAUAUUAAACAGCAUGUUGACAGCUCUGUCUCAGUUUGCUGCAAUUGAAAAAAAUUACACUUCCUUGUUGUUUUUGGUGCCAAAAGGGUUUCUUCGAAAAGAUAGCUCUCUGAAAACAAUAUACGAAACAUUACGUGGUGAGUUUCGAAGACUGGAAGAAAGAAGUACUGGGGGAUUAACACCUUCUUCUAGUCCCUCUGUAACACCCACUCCUUCAUUUUAUAGUCCCUCACCUCCAACUCCUGUGGCCUCCCCAUCAUCAACUGCUGGCAGUCUUGUAGGCACUCCUGUAUCUAGUUCUACGGGAAGCAUACACAGUAAUUAUUUACCUGGAAUAGUUGGUCAUUCUGCCGUAGGUAACAGCCCUCAGUCUGGUAUGGAUGUAUUAGAGAAGUUUGUUGGACAUCUGUGUGGCCAGCUUUUCCAUUUUAUCUGUGCUCGUCUAAGCAUUAUGCAUUUCUAUGAGAAAAUGUACACGAUGAGCAGUAAUAGAUUUAUGAAAUACAAGGAGCUGAUCCCUGGAAUCACAGAAAUUGUCAACAGAAGUCAGAGACUGUUUCAUCAUCCCCUUCUGUCCCCUCUCAAGUCUGCCUUUGGCUUUGAGUGCAGGUCUCUCUUAAAGUUAUUAGAAGCUCAAGUACAAAUUCAACAACUACAGUUUCUUCCUGCUCUCCUAAGUCUAUAUGAUGCACAUUCUCAUCUUGGGUCUUGGGCUUCUACUAUGAUCCCCAAAGCUGAGAGUCGUAGACUUUCUUGUGUGGUGAUUUCAAGGCCUGUAAGUAUGCCAGCUCUCUAUCGGUGGCUGUUUCACUUGAAGUCUACUCUUGUGGCAAAGUUCACACUUUACUUUCAUGAUAUUCUGAGCAAGCAGACGACUCCUCUUGAGAUGAAGAAUAUUUGCUUCAAGACAUCCACAGACUUGUACCAAAAGCUCUUGAGCUACCAUCGAAGGUCUGAUGCUUUGUUUGUGGCUCUGGUAUUUGACACACAUGGAUUAGAAAAUUACAAAGGACCAGGCUACCACCAUCCAAACAAGCUAGUUGAACCUCCAAAAGGACUUGAUUCAUACCCAACAAUCGUUUGCUAUCCUGCUGUAAUUUGAAUUUCUUUAAAAAUU